AUGCUUAGCCUCGCACGCAGGACUUUGAACCGUGUUCCCAGCUUUCAGGAUAUCCUACAAGGCAGGAUGACCCACCCAGACAUUUCCGUCGAUGUUCUCGUCAUCGGUGCAGGCCCAACUGGUUUGGGUGCUGCUAAGCGUUUGAACCAGAUUGACGGUCCUACUUGGAUGAUUGUCGACAACAACGAGACUCCCGGUGGUCUUGCUUCCACUGAUGUGACUCCUGAGGGUUUCCUCUACGAUGUCGGUGGUCACGUCAUCUUCUCCCACUACAAGUACUUCGAUGACUGCAUCGACGAGGCUCUCCCCAAGGAGGAUGACUGGUACAGCCACCAGCGUAUCUCCUACGUCCGCUGCAAGGGACAAUGGGUCCCCUACCCUUUCCAGAACAACAUCUCCAUGUUGCCCAAGGAGGAGCAGGUCAAGUGCAUUGACGGCAUGAUUGACGCUGCCCUCGAGGCUCGCGUCGCCAACACCAAGCCCCAGGACUUCGACCAGUGGAUUGUCCGUAACAUGGGUACCGGUAUCGCCGACAUUUUCAUGAGACCUUACAACUACAAGGUCUGGGCUGUGCCUACCACCAAGAUGCAAUGUGCUUGGCUCGGUGAGCGUGUCGCCGCUCCCAACGUCAAGGCUGUCACCACCAAUGCCAUCCUGAACAAGACCGCUGGUAACUGGGGUCCUAACGCUACUUUCCGUUUCCCCGCCCGUGGUGGUACUGGUGGUAUCUGGAUUGCCGUUGCCGACACUAUCCCCAAGGAGAAGACUCGCUUCGGUGACAAGGGCAAGGUUGUCAAGGUUAACGCCAACAACAAGACCGUCCAGCUGGGCGACGGUACCACCGUCGGCUACCAGAAGCUGAUCUCCACCAUGGCUGUGGACUACCUCGCUGAGCAGAUCGGCGACCAGGAGCUCGUCAGCCUGAGCAAGGAGCUCUUCUACUCUUCCACCCACGUCAUUGGUGUUGGUAUCCGUGGCUCUCGUCCCGACUACAUCGGUGACAAGUGCUGGUUGUACUUCCCCGAAGACGACUGCCCCUUCUACCGUGCCACCAUCUUCUCCAACUACUCUCCCCACAACCAGCCUGAGGCCUCUAAGAAGCUCCCCACCCUUCAAUUGGCCGACGGCUCCAAGCCCGCCAACACUGAGGCCCAGGAAGGUCCCUACUGGUCCAUCAUGUUGGAGGUCUCUGAGUCUUCCAUGAAGCCCGUCAACCACGAGACACUCUUGGCCGAGUCCAUCCAGGGUCUCGUUAACACUGAGAUGCUGAAGCCCGGUGAUGAGAUCGUCUCCACCUACCACCGCCGCUUCGACCACGGUUACCCCACUCCCUCUUUGGAGCGUGAGGGUGCCCUCACCAAGAUCCUGCCCAAGCUCCAGGAGAAGGGCAUCUGGUCGCGUGGCCGCUUCGGUAGCUGGCGCUACGAGGUCGGUAACCAGGACCACUCCUUCAUGCUGGGUGUGGAGGCUGCCGACAACAUUGUCAACGGUGCUGUCGAGCUGACCCUCAACUACCCCGACUUCGUCAACGGCCGCCAGAACACCGAGAGACGGUUGGUCGACGGUGCUCAGGUCUUCGCCAAGAACAAGGAGUAA